AUGAGUGCAUCACCAGUCAUCGGCGUCCCGUCGCAACAACACCAGCCGAACCACCACUUCCACAACGACAACCUCACAGCAUCACCCCAGCCCGCGCGCCAGCCUCUGCCCUCGUCUGGACGGAGACCGACGGCCACGGCCACGGCGGCGAUGCGACAGGACAAGACGGCGACGGCCGGCCGCGGCGCCGGAGGGCUGAUCCGGCUGGAGAUUUACAUGGAUCUGCUGUGCCCGUGGUGCUUCAUCGAGAAGCACAGCCUGGACGCGCUGAUGCAGCGAUACACGGAGGAGCAUCCCGAGGUGCGCUUCGAGGUGGCAUAUAAGCCGUAUUACAUUGCGCAGACAAUGGCCAAGCGCAACGUCGAGAAGCGCUCCGUCUACGACCGCCUCAACAACCUCUACCCAAACUUCCUCUCCCGCAUCCAAGUCACCGGCGCAAAGUACGACAUCGCAUUCUCCAUCCGCGGCAUGACGGGCAGCACCCGCCCCGCCCACCGCCUCAUCGCCCUCGCCCUGCACGAGCUCGGCCCGGCCGCCCAGGCCCGCGUCGUCGAGACCCUCUUCCAGGGCCACUUCGAGGACGGCCGCGACAUCAGCGACGAGGCCUGGCUUAUUAGUGUCGGCGUCGCGGCGGGGAUGUCCGAGGCCGUUGUAAGGCUCGGGCUCGAGGAUGAGGACGCCGCGAGGAGGGUCGAUGCCAUGGCCGAGGCUGCGAGGGAUGUCAUUGGGGUAGAGGCCGUGCCGUGCGUCAUGGUGCAGGGGCGGUACAAGGUGGGAGGAUACCAGGAGAGCCAGGUCUUUGAGAGCCUGUUUGAGAAGAUUCGGCAGGCUGGCGAAGCUUUCUAG